AUGGGGGGGACCUUAACUGACAACAGAGAAAGGGUGGAAGUUAGAAUUCUCAGUAUGCAAAAGAGGGAUCGAAAGCAUGCAAAUUCUGAUUGGUGGUUGGAGGUUUAGAAUUGUUAGUUAGACUAUGUGAUUGGCUGUGGUGGCCAGAAAAAGUGAAUAUAUGGCAGGGUGCGAGUCAGCCAGAGUCAGUUCCCAUCAGUGGACAGCUGGAAGAAGAGUCUAAAGACAGAAGACUUGAGAGGAAGCAGCACUGGAUUUAGGUCAGUGCAGGCAGGCCGCCCCCCCCCCCCCGCAUAGGGUGCCAAGCUGAGCAUAGGAUGCCAAGCAACUGAUAUUUAAAGUGACAGUAAUAAGUUUGGGUUAAAGCUGACCAAAAGUCCAGAGGUAGCAUUAUUAUCAAUUCAUGGUGGGGUGGAAGGUUUGCAGGCUCUGAAGGACUUGAUCACAGAUUUAUUGACAGCUGUACAAAUUAUAGCUAGGAAGUGGUGGAGGCAAGCAGAAUAUAAAAUGGAAGAAUGGUACAAAGAAGUCUGGGAUAUAGCUAUUAACAGUGCUUUUUUUCUAAAAAAAAAAAAAAGUUUAGGGGUGUGGCCUUCAUACGGAGCUCCCGGUCGUCUCACGGACUAUUGACCCGUACACCACUAAUCCGCUGCCACCAACCAGGUCCUCCCUGGUAAAAUCACUUCAGUCUCAGUCAGCUUCUCAAUUAAUAAAGAAGAGUGUAUUUUAUUUCAGACACAACAAAACUUUUACAGCAUUCCAAACGUUUUGCUCUUUACUUUCUUAGUCUUAUUUUCCUCUCUCUAUCUCUUUCUACCUCCCCACACUCAAGAACCCACUGCCCUAACUGUCUCUCUAUUACCAACUGCCUUUCCCAACCAGCCAACCCACGAAAUCCAACCAACUAUCCGCCACAACUCCCAACGAACUCCUCCCAGAACUGGUUUUAUAGUUCCACUGACUCCACCCCCCUGGGUCCUGACAGUGCAACCUAUUUAACUAUUUCACCUCCAGCACUCUCUCUUAUGUUAACGUCACAAGGGGUACUCUCAUUUUCCUACUCAUAUUGAAAUACUGUCCCACAAUGAGGCCAAACUUAGAUUCACAAAAUGUUUAAGGGUAUGUGUACCCCAGCGUCCCCCCAGAAAAAAAGCACCGGCUAUUAAUGAUAAAUUAACCUGUGGCUAUUAAGGUAAGUCAGGGAAUAGGCAGGAGAAAUUAUUCUGAGGAGAUAUGAAGGGUGUUUGUAGAAUUUGUACUGUUAAAAUGGAAACGGGUCAAACCGUCGCAAGAGGUUUUGAAUUUUUGGGAGGUUGGAUAGUUACAAUGGAAUGGCCUCGGUGGUGGGGUGCACAUUUUUAUUCUUAUUUAUUUGUGAUUAUUACUUGGUUAAAAUAAAUAAAUAAUUUUAAAAAAAAUUAAGUUAGCAAGGUAUAUACCCAUUUAUAGUGGCAAAGCUAUAUUUAAGUAACCACAUAAGCUUGUAUACUGCAUAAUCUUGUAAUAACUACACACUGAUAUCUUUGUUAAAUAUAACAACUAUGUCUGACCAGAUUUGAGUACAUGGCAUUAAGUGGUAGCGUUGGUAAGGGUUUAGGGAAACCAAUGAAGAUGGAAAAGACCCCAACCAUUGCAGUGAGUUCUCUUUUAUUAUAUUCGUAGGCUACUUUCAGGCAUCCUGUUUAUGGAGCAUUCAUCCUAAUGGUUUGUGGCGAGCCUAGACAUUGUUCUGCCAAGCAAGGGUCAUCCACAGUGCUGGAUUUACGUAUAAACUAAACAAGCUAUAGCUUAGGGCCCCAGUCUCUUGGGGACCCCCAAAAAAAUUAAAGGAAAGAAAACUGGAUGUACAUUUCCAAAAUAUAAGAUAAAAAAACAAAUAAAAUAAAACCCACAUACAGCAACAGUGUUUCGUGUUGUGUAGGCUCCUGUGAUGUAGGUAAUGGGCCCUGCCUGCUAGCCUGCUCCCUAAAAUAUCACUGGUUUGCUCAUUUCUAUAUAUAGGCUACCUACAUUCUGCAUGGACUGGUUGCAUGGCAACAUGUGCAAAUGGCUUUAGAUACCUAUUACCGUAAGUCCAUAAAUUGGGGUCGCGGAUGGCACUGUGGGUUAAACCACUGAGCCUAGGGCUUGCCGAUCAGAAGGUUGGCAGUUCGAAUCCCCGUGACGGGGUGAGCUCCCGUAGCUUGGUCCCUGCUCCUGCCAACCUAGCAGUUCAAAAGCACGUCAAAGUGCAAGUAGAUAAAUAGGUACCGCUCCGGUGGGAAGGUAAACGGCGUUUCCUUGCGCUGCUCUGGUUUGCCAGAAGCGGCUUAGUCAUGCUGGCCACAUGACCCGGAAGCUGUACGCCGGCUCCCUUGGCCAGUAAAGCAAGAUGAGCGCCGCAACCCCAGAGUCGAUCAUGACUGGACCUGAUGGUCAGGGGUCCCUUUAGCUUUUUAAGUCCAUAAAUUACCAUAUAGCAUAUAUUCAACACAAAAAACAGCGACAACGGACAGCUGGACAUAUAAAGGGCCCCAUUACCUUCAGUAGUUUAGGGCCUCAUCAAACCUAAAUCUGGCCCUGGUCAUCCCACAUUUUCCACUGCAUUUCCCAUCACUUUCCUAACUGCAAACAUCUAAACUUUUUGGGAAGCAGGUUUGUUGUGCAGGAUCUCCAGAUCAGCUUCAAUUUGCAGGCUGAAUUUGCUGCUGUGCGGCUGAAUCUCACCUGAAAACAGCAGCUAUCUGAAAGCACCCAUAGAUUUCCCCAUCCCUUUCUUUUUAAACAGCUUUAUGCCUUUCUGUUUCAUUUGUUUUCUACUUCUGCGUUACGAGGAUGGCAUACAAAUGCUGUAAAUAAGUAAAAUGCCACUUGAGGAAGCAGGGAGCAUGGAUAUAUGCCUGCAUUAAUUCUAUUUCCAAAAUGAACCAGGCACAGUGUUCAUACAAAUCUAGGGAGAAACUUCAAACUAGAUUCAUUUGUCAGACUAUUAUAACCGGGUGGCAAGAUGCUAAAGAGAAUAAGGUGGAAUCUACACACAUAUUAAAAAACGCUGUGAAAAUGCUUUUUUUUAAAAAAAAAGUUUUGAAAAAUGCAUUGAAUUUUCCAUAGCUCACUGUUGCCAUCUAGUGUCACAUUUGUAUAUUGCACUUUACAACACACUUAAAACAUUUUAGUUGCAGCUGGAUAGCUGAGCUGGAUAGCUGAGGGACGCGGGUGGCGCUGUGGGUAAAACCUCAGCGCCUAGGACUUGCCGAUCGCAUGGUCGGCGGUUCGAAUCCCCGCGGUGGGGUGCGCUCCCGUUGCUCGGUCCCAGCGCCUGCCAACCUAGCAGUUCGAAAGCACCCCUGGGUGCAAGUAGAUAAAUAGGGACCACUUUAUAGCGGGAAGGUAAACGGCGUUCCGUGUGCUGCUCUGGUGCCGGUUCGCUGGAGCAGCUUUGUCACGCUGGCCACGUGACCCGGAAGUGUCUGCGGACAGCGCUGGCUCCCGGCCUCUAGAGUGAGAUGAGCGCACAACCCUAGAGUCUGUCAAGACAGGCCCGUAUGGGCAGGGGUACCUUUACCUUUACCUUUAGCUGAGUCCCUAAGUCUCCUGCAUCUUUAAUAGUUGAGUAGAAGAGCUUGCAGAACUGGGUAUGCCUGUUGAAAUUCUACAUAACUAUUAAAGGUGCAAAAGAUCCAUCUCUACCCUAAAUAAGAAAUAACAUUAAUAACUCAAAUAGGUCUUUUAGAUGCAUUUGUGACUUUUUGGUGGCUGCAGGAAGAUAAUGUUGUUAAAUUUAGCUCAGUCCAAGGAGAGACUUGAGAUGCUUACAUUUUUUUAUUAUGCCUACCUUAAUAACUGACUCCGUCACACCCCAGGAGAAGUCACAGGGAAACUGGCCGUGGAAAGCUGGUUCUUUCAGAGGAAAGCCGUUUUCUUGUAUGAUUUCCUUGUAAUAAAAUGCGGAUGAUUUGGGAAUCCUCUCUUUUUCUUUGCUAUUAAAAUCUACAUAAAACAAUCCACGUCGCUUAUUGUAGGCAUGUUGCCAUUCAUAUCCAUCCAGGAGAGACCAGGCCGUGUAACCAAAUACAUCGAUUUGAUCGUAUUUAAUUGCUGCACAGGAGAAAUGAAAGUAAAGGGACAAUAUUAGAAAACCAGACUAUGAUUUGCAUUACAAAGUUUGUACAGUAAAAUGGUUUUGGAACAGGAUAUUCAGGAAGUUCCUUUAUACUCAGCCCAUUGAGUUAUAUAGCUUUGUACUGUCUCCAUUGGAUGGUAAUGGUUCUCCAUUGUUUCAGAGUGUUAUUCCCAAGGUUACUUGGAGAUGUCAGUGACUGA